AUGUAUGGUUGCGUGUAUCCCAGCUUCGGGGAGGCCAUCAGCCACACGCUAUCCUCCACCCGCACUCUGCUGAGCACGGCCCGUCGGCUGCGCGCUGCGGUGAGCGACGCCGAGUUUGCGGCGCACACGGCGCGGCAGCGAGCGACGGCGGCGCAGACGGCGCGGACGGCGGAGGACGAGGGACUGCUGCGGGAAGCGCUCGCGCGGUUGCGGGGGGAACCGGUGGAACUGCAGGUGGCGAACGCCUUGGCACAGCACGCCGGGCUCCUCCCAGCCGACCAGGAGCCCACACAACCCACAGCUCCGGUGCCGCCGCUGGUGGAGAUGACUGAGAUGAUCCAUGAGAAGAUGCUGCAGACCGCCAUGGUGUCACGGCACCUGGUAGAGCUCGCCUGGAUCUCCGAGUCCCAAGAGCCGUUGAGUCAGGGCGGCGUGCUGCCCAGCGUCAGCUCUGACGAGUUGGUGCAGAGUUUGAUGGGCGAAGGCGGCGAAGGCGGCGAGGAGGAUGAGAAGUCGGGCGAUUACUAUGGCUGGACGUCCACCAUGGACCUGGGUCCGAUCAAGUACAAAGGAAUCAAAUUCACCGAUAUCCAGCUGGAUCGUUACAAUCGCGAGAAGGGAUCAUCCUUCUAUUUCCUGGAGCUACAGAUGCCCUUGGGACUUCAACUGGAAGAAGUGGAGGUAGAUGGUGUGGGCACCGUGAUUCAGGUAACAGAGAUCGUGGAUGGUGGCAGCGCGAAGGAAGACAAAAGCAUUCGUGUUGGUGACUACCUCCGCGCAGUUACCACGCCACAAAGGAAGUUAAGUGGCGAGGAGGGUGAAGAAGGUGACAUCACGGAGACCUUCGGAGCCAGCGCCGGGGAGCAGACGAAGGCGGUGCUGGUCAUUCCUCGUGGUUUUCCCUUUCAGCGGGUGAUGGACGAAAUUUCGGAGAACAAAAAACUCGACGGCUAUGCAGGGUUGGUCUUUGAACGGCCCUUUGUGGAGGAUGAAUGA